AUGUACGUCGCAUAUUCCAUAUUCCUAUUUUUCUUUGUUUGUGACUCAGUACCUUUCAUACUCGCUCAAGCUGUAUCGCAAAUUAGCCCAUCAUUAUCACCAGAUUCUACUGCACCCGUGCUGGAUCCUGCAGAAAGUACCACUACAUUAUCAUUUGCGGAGAUUACAUCUCGAACUGGCGUUGCAUCUUCUCCUUUUAUUUUUGCUAUCCCCACAGAGCUAUCGGAACACAUCAAUAUAACGGGAACGCCUGAUCCAGGAUUAAGUUCCUCAGAUGUGUCUCAGGCUCUGCCCUCUGAGUCAAAUCCCCGCGCUACCAGUACCACGAUCGAAUGGAUUACCGCUUUACUACCACCUAGCACUACCACUACCACCAUUACAUUCCCUUUGAGCGGGUCUGAAAGUACUCUAUCUGGAUCUGGUUCUGGAACCUCGGCUUUUGCUUCUGCUCCAUCAUCCACCAACACGGUUACUUCUGAAGUCUUUCUGAGUACUUCACAAUCCACUUCUUUGGUCUCUCCAUCAAUCUUGAUUAAUACUAGCACUUCUGUGCUCCCAGUUGCUCUAUCCACAUCUAACUCUACAGUACUGACUCCUUCUGAGACUGGAAUAUCUGUUAUAACGACGGAAUCGCCAUCGUCUUCUGCUGAACUAAGUGGUGUUACACCUUCCGCCACUUCCAGUAUUGUAUCUAGUGGCAUUGAGUCUUUAGUUUCUUCCACUCCUAUCUUGACAACAGAAUCUAGCAUCAUAACUAUACUCAUAUCUGAAAGUUUUACGGGGAGUUCUAUUACAACACCUUUACCUGGAUCAGAAACCUUCUCCACAAUUGUACCAACUCUGUCUACCGUUCCAACCAACCCCUCAAUUUCAAGCUCAUCUGUCGUUUCGUCAGUUCCUCCACCUGAUCCAAGCAGUUUUGAGCCAAUUACAACUGUUCCUUCACCUGCCUCUUCAGGAACUAGUGGAAGUGGUUCAUUGCCAAGCGCUUCAGGAUCAAACGGUUCAUCCCCAAGUGCCUCGGGAUCAGGAAAUGGUUCACCUUCAUCAGACUCUAUAGCAACUAUUACACUGCAGAGCUCUACAACAGAUUCUAAUACUACAACUUUAUAUCAAUCUGAGACCCCGAUAGCAGCUACUGAUACUGUGCCAUCCGCAAAAUCGAGUGAUGUGCCCAGUAUUAUCGAAACUGCGGCAUCAUCCACUGUUAUCUCUCUUAGCACAAGCCUCAGUGGCAUUGAACCCGCCAGCAGUGUAGAAUUUUCAGUCGCAUCCACUACCAUUGAGAGUUCAAAGACUCUGUCUGGAUAUGACAUCUUUACAACAAACUCUAGUACAGCUCAGGUUAACACAGAACCAAAUCCCGGAGUGAGCCACACCUCCUGCUCGUCAACAAUUGAGAUACUUAAUUCAACGUUGGAGAUUUCUACCACUACAGCUUCCUCUUUGACUGAUUUAGUAUCCUCAUCAUCCCCACCAGAUAAGAUAUUCAGCAGUGACAUUCAAUCGCCUGUCAGUACAUCCAGUUUAUCGAAUUCCGGAUUCUUCAUCGAAUUAGUCCCUACGGUAACUACACUGAUCGUUUCUACGUACCCAAUAUCUAUGAGUCCAGCUCCAGCAUCUACACCUAGUGUCGAAUCGAGCGUCCAGUCUUUCUCCGUAUCUUCUGUUCUGAUUACUGUCAGCUUUCUUCCAGGGGAUAUGGCAGAAUCAAAAACAACAACAUAUCUGAGUUCGAUUUAUACGCUUAUUCAGGUUUAUACCAGAUCUCCUACAUCCAGUGUGGUAGAGGCAAGUAGCAGUCCCAUCCUUCCGAAUUAG